AUGAACAAUCGCAAUGGACCUUUGUCACCAGUUUCAAUAGGAAGCAACAACGAAUGGUCAGGAAUUGAAAAAUAUCAAGACGAUAACGAUUCGCCCUACCAGAUGAAUCGCGGACAGCUUGCUUCACCGCCGAUAUCGAGCGGAUCAAACGGUACAAUGAAUGGGGGAGAUUUCCCGCCUAGAGGUCCUUCUGGUGGCAGCCCUGGCAAUCCAUCUCCUCCAAGCUCCAUCGGCCGUUCAAGUAUUGGCACAGGUUUAUACGCAGGAAGCGAAAGUGGGCAGGACAAGAAAGAUGAACAAUUCGAGGCUUUACUAUCAGAGCACUACGUUUCAUUGAAACGAUAUCUGGCAGCGUCAUUGAGAGAUGAGAAGGGGAAUCCUAGACCCAACAGAGCGCGAGAUAAGUUGCUACGAUUGUCUCCUGUUCAAUUCCAGGAACUCAGUACCGAUGUCUUUGAUGAACUUCUACGAAGGCAGCAGGCAGGGAGAAGGACUCCCAAUGGACAGAGAAACGAUCAAGGACCUCCGCCGUACUUGUUGCCGAAAAACACGUUCCACCCGAAACGAAAUCAGGCCCGCCAGAAGUUGUCUACGCUGCCACCGCCCAGGUUUAGAGAUUUAGCUACAGAUGUAUUUUAUGAAUUGGAGCGAAGGUUUCCGCAAUUCACUGCUGGUGAUAGAAGUCGCAUGGGUAGUCCUGUAUCUACAAGAGGACCCCAAGCAGGAAUGGAAUGGCACACCUUGGGAUAUGCCACCUAG